CAAAAGCUAACUCUCAUGCCAUUCGAAAGAGGAUCAUGAAAAACCUAUAAAAAAAUGGUUCAUGAAAUUUUAUUUCGCUCAUAAAGCUAAAGUCCGCCUGCUCAAGCAAAAAAUGUCCACUGUGCGGUAGAGAAGAACAUUACAAAAGUACAUUGUUCUGUUCUUUUAAGAAAACAAAAAAUAUUUAUGUAGGGAAAUAUAAAAGAGAAAGAGUCUAUGUUACAUUACUGUAUGUUAUCUGAGUACAUGUGUCUAAACAAAUAUUACUGAUCGAAGAAAAAAAGCUUUACUUUUCUGUUUGUGAACCAAGCCGGAGUCAAGCUCGUUUUUAGGAAUGUUUUCAACAGUAGGUUAAUAGUUAUUUGAUAAACCAAAUACCGUAUGCAGUGCCGUGGCGGGGGAAAAGCAGGAGAGGUGUAAAUUUUUUUGAGAGAUAGCCAUAGAAGUCAAAAAACACAAUUUUCUUUUAUACACAUCUAUUGGUUAUUAUCUUUCUUAUCAAUUUGAGUUUUUUUUUCUCGUUGAAGAAAACGUGGGAGACAGAAAUUGCCCUCAAAUAGUUUGAGAAUAAAACUGGAAGAAUGCAGUUUGUCGUUAAAUAUUGAACCCAACAAUGUAAAUGUUAAAACUUUGGUCAAAAAAGAUACAUUUUACAUUUAAAAUGUUUCUUUUAUUAGCUGCGCCAGAACAGAAAAGAACAAUACAUAAAGGACGCAUGCCAUCUUUUUUCUGUUUUUUUCUUUCCCGGCUGUGUAUACUGUGUGCGCUGAAGAACACUCCUUACAUACAUUAGAGCUCUACCGUUUAGCUUAUCUUUAUCUUUUUCUUGAUGUCGCAAGCAGAUUAUGCUUCCUUUAUUAGAAUUCUAGCAUGUAAGUCUUCUUUUUCUUUUUCUGUAUGCCACAUAUCCAUAUCCAAAUGUAACAUUAAUGUCUUAUAUGCGAAAUAAAGAUAAAGAGUAGUAUAAAGAGAGCAAUAUAAAGAGCAGUAUUUACUUGAAGGAAGUAAUUAUAAAUAUAAAUAUCAAUUAUGUCUUUUUGUUGUUUCUUUAGUUGCUGCAUUAAAAACGAUCUCUAGUAAUAUCAAGAAUACCGACCAAAUUAGCGCAAUGGUACCAUCAUCAAUAUUAUCUCAUCGAAUAUUAUCGGCAAUAAAUUCACCUCAUACCCAAAGAGCUAUAUCAUUUGCUACUAAUGAGUAUUCGAAAGUUAAAUCUGCACAUAGAGAAGCAAUACCAUCAUCAUCAUCUGGUCUAUGUGAUUUUGUAUAUGGUAAUCCACGUGAUACGGCAUUACCUGCAUUUUUAUCGUCAUAUCAUAAAUAUGUAGAACCAUUAAAUACUGAUUGGUAUGCUUAUUGUAAUACAACGAAUUUUAAUUCACAACCUUCUCGUAAAAUUAUUGCAUCAAAUUUAUCGAAAAAACUAUCACCUUUAUCAUUUGAAUAUGAAGAUAUUUAUUUAGUCACAGGAAACUUUGGUGGACUUUAUACAUGUCUAUCUAUGUUGUUAAAUAAAGACGAUGAAGUCAUAUUUCCUAUUCCAUCAUGGUUUUUUUAUCAAUCAAUGAUUAUAGCAUGUCAAGCAAUAUCUAUUGAGGUUAACAUAAAUAUCAAUACCUAUGAUUUAAAUAUAGAUGAUAUAAAAAGUAAAAUAAAUGAUAAAACAAAAAUACUUAUCAUUAAUUCACCUCAUAAUCCAUCAGGUAAAAUUUAUUCAUUAUCUACAUUACAAUUAUUGUCAGAUAUGUUAUUAGAUGAAUAUAAUAAACGUCAACAAAAAUAUGGUCACGAUGCUCAGCCUAUAUGGUUAAUAUCUGAUGAAGCAUAUAGUCGUAUUCUAUUUAAUAAUAAUGAAUUUAUUUCUCCUGCUUUAGUCUAUCCAUAUACAUUUAUAUGUUAUACUUAUGCUAAAACAUUACUAAAUCCCGGUAUUCGACUGGGAUAUGUAGCAUUAUCAAAUCAAAUACCUUUAAAUUAUCGUUCGUUAUUUCGUACAUAUUUACCUCACACAGUGGUAACGAAUGGAUAUAUGGUACCUGAUUGUGUAACACAAUAUAUGAUACAAGAUAUUGAAACAUUAUCCAUUAGUAUUGAUAUAGAACGUCUGGAAAAGAAAUUAAAUAUGAUGUUAGAUAUAUUAUUAUCAAUAGGAUAUAAAAUACCAAAACCACAAGGAACAUUUUAUAUACUUGUUAAGUCACCUUUAGAAGAUGAUCAAGCAUUUUGUCGUCUAUUAUCUAAAUAUAAUGUUUUGUGUUUACCAGGCUCAGUAUGUUGUAUACCUGGAUAUUUUCGUAUAUGUUUAACUGCAAAUGAAGGUAUGAUUGAAAGAAGUCAAGAUGGAUUUAAACAAGCAUAUCAACAAGCUAUCUCUUCUUCUGAAAAUGACAACAAUAAAGACUGCUCAGUAAUAACAGAUAAACAUACUUUUCCAAGUAGUGAUGAUGGAAGUUCAUUAAUUUGA